AUGCACGGAUCUUUAAUCGAUUCUCAUCAUCGGUUGUCAUUGACUAGUAGUGCGCCAGGUGUAUUAUUACCGUCAUCAUCUGUACAUACACUUACAGAUAAUGAACAAACAAAAUCCUUAUCAAAGAUUAAUAACUCAUUUGAUUCGUUAUCAACGAUGCAUUUAAAAAAGACAACUGUACAUAUUGAUCAUGCCGCCGAAACUACCGCCGAAACAGACGCUGAAGCAUCCAUAAGUCAUUCAACUAAUUUCUUUCGUUGGACACCUGGCUAUAGACAUGUUAUGUUAACGUUUGGUACAAUAUGUCUAUUUGCUUUUAUGACCGGUGUCGAAUAUGCUGUUAUUCUUCCAACAGUAUAUGAUUAUGUCAGAAAACUGACAAAUGCAAAUAUAUAUGUUGGCCUAAUACUUUCGUCUUAUAGUAUAUCGGGUUCUAUCACUGGAAUUAUUAUGGGGAAAAUCUCCGAUAUGACUGGAAAAGUUAAAUUUCUUAUAUUGAUAUCAGCUGUAUUUGAAAUCAGUGGAAAUAUACUCUAUUUCGUUGCUAAUAAUAUUCAUAUAGUUCUCUUGGGACGAUUAAUUGCUGGUGUAGGAAUGGGUGCCGUACCACCUAUUCUUGCUGAUGUUGCUCAUCGUACAACCGAAGGUGAACGAACCAAAGCGAUUUCAGUUAUUCUUGGAUGUCGACAACUUGGCUUAUUAAUUGGUCCAUGUUUUACACUUCUUGUUCGCUUGAUGAAUUUUAGAAUCGGUUCUGUUCAUGUUCAUAAUUUAAAUGGUCCUGGAUUUUUAAUGGCUACAAUUUGGUUAAUUCUCGUAGUAGUUUGUUGGCUUUGCUAUCAUGAUCGAUCGCCAGUAACAACAACAAAAACAGACAUAUCAUCAUGUAACAAAAAUGUGACAGAUGAUUCUUUUACAGAGAAAUAUGCGAAAUCAGAUCAUGCAAUACAACGAGAAGGUCAAUGUGUAUCAUUUAAACUCUAUUGUAAUCAAUAUAUACGUAUUGAAAUGUUUGUUUUAUUUCUUGCAACAUUUAUAACUUAUUUUAAUCAAACAGCAUUAGAAACAAUAGUAGCAGCGUUCACAGAAAAAAACUUCUAUUGGACAACUGUACAUACAUCAAUUCUAUUUGCAUUUGCUGGUCUAGAAAUCAUCAUUGUUUAUAUAUCGCUUGUAAAAAUAUUUUCAAAACGUGUUGAAGAUCGAGUAUUACUUAUAUUUGGUUUUCUAUCGUUAACAUUAGCUUGCAUGCUUGGAACAUUCUUUACUAUAGCAUCAAAUUCGUUUGGUUGGUUUACUCCGUCGAGUGCCAAUGCUGUGGAUAAGCGUUUACUGGCAUUGUUUAUUGUCUUUGUUGUUCUCGAUUUACUUGCACUACCAUUUAUCGCAGCUACUAGUGUAUCCCUUUUUACUAAGUUAACAAUCAAAGAAUUACAAGGAUUUUCACAAGGUUUACAACGAUUUACUAUGGGAACUGGAACUAUUGUUGGCCCGUUAUUUGCAUCCUUAUUACUCAAUCGCCUUCAUAUAAUGAUGACAGCGAUGCUGGUCUUAACCUUAUUAACUUUAGUCGCAAUUUUAAUUGUUAUCAAACGUUUACGUCCAUCUUUACAAAAGGUUGUCUCAAAUGAAAUCAAAGACGCGAAUAAUAAUAUUUCAUCUCUUGAAUCUGAUGUUAACGAACAGAAAUCAGCAUUAUUAUCGAAGAAUUGUUAUGUUACAUUAGUGCAACAUGAUGAUAACUGCGCAGCUAAUUCGUCAACUAAAGAUUUAUCUAAUAGCAAUACUCAUUCUCGUAGUGAUAGCCAAAGUCAAUCUCAAUUAAUUGACAACAGUUCAAUAAACGCUCUUUGCCAGUCAGGUGAACAAAUCCACGCAUUAAAAAAUGCGUAA